AUGUCUAUGAGCGCCUAUCUCUAUGGCCCGCUUUCCAUCACCACGCCCCAUUUUCCCGCUUUCCAUCACCCCGCCCCAUUCUCCCACUUUCCAUUACCCCGCCCCAUUCUCCCUCUUUCCAUCACCUCUCCCCAUUCUCCCUCCUUCCAUCACCCCGCCCCAUUCUCCCGCUUUCCAUCACCCCGCCCCAUUCUCCCGCUCCAUCACCCCGCCAUAUUCUCCCGCUUUCCAUCACCCCACCCCAUUCUCACGCUUUCCAUCACCCCUCCCCAUUUUCCCGCUUUUCAUCACCCCGCCCCAUUCUCCCACAUUCCAUCACCCCGCCCCACUCUCCCUUCUUCCAUCACCUCGCUCCAUUCUCCCUCCUUCCAUCACCCCGCACCAUUCUUCCUCCUUCCAUCACCCCGCCCCAUUCUCCCGCUUUCCAUCAUCCUGCCCCAUUCUCCCGCUUUGCAUCACCCCGCCCCAUUCUCCCUCCUUGCAUCACCCCGCCCCAUUCUCCCGCUUUCGAUCACCCCGCCCCAUUCUCCCUCCUUCCAUCACCCUGCCCCAUUCUCCCGCUUUCCAGCAACCCCCCCCCAUUCUCCUGCUUUCCAUCACCCUGCCCCAUUCUCUCGCUUUCCAUCACCCCGCCCCAUUCUCCCGCUAUCCAUCACUCCGCCCCAUUCUCCCGCUUUCCAUCACCCCGUCCCAUUCUCCCUCCUUCCAUCACCUCGCCCCAUUCUCCCUCCUUCCAUCACCCCACCCCAUUCUCCCGCUUUCCAUCACCCCGCCCUAUUCUUCCUCCUUCCAUCACCCCGCCCCAUUCUCCCUCCUUCCAUCACCCCGACCCAUUCUCCCGCUUUCCAUCACCCCGCCCCAUCCUCACUCCUUCCAUCACCCCGCCCCAUUCUCCCACUUUCCAUCACCCCGCCCCAUUCCCCCGCUUUCCAUCACCCCGCCCCCUUCUCCCGCUUUCCAUCACCCCGCCCCAUUCUCCCACCUCCCACCACCCCGCCCCAUUCUCCCUCCUCCCAUCACCCUGCCCCAUUCUCCCUCCUUCCAUCACACCGCCCCAUUCCCCCGCUUUUCAUCACCCUGCCCCCUUCUACCGCUUUCCAUCACCCCGCCCCAUUCUCCCGUUUUUUAUCACCCCGCACCAUUCUCCUGCUUUCCAUCAACCCGCCCCAUUCUCCCUCCUCCCAUCACCCCGCCCCAUUCUCCCUCCUCCCAUCACCCUGCCCCAUUCUCCCUCCUUCCAUCACCCCGCCCCAUUCUCCCGCUUUCCAUUAUCCCGCCCCAUUCUCCCGCUUUCCAUCACCCCGCCCCAUUCUCCCGCUUUCCAUCACCCCGCCCCAUUCUCCCACUUUCCAUCACCCCGCCCCAUUCUCCCGCUUUCCAUCACCCCGCCCCAUUCUCCUGCUUUCCAUCACCCGCCCCAUUCUCCCGCUUUCCAUCAGCCCGCCUCAUUCUCCCGCUUUCCAUCACCCCGUCCCAUUCUCCCGCUUUCCAUCAUCCCGCCCGAUUCUCCCGCUUUCCAUCACCCCGCCCCAUUCUCCCGCUUUCCAUCACCCCGCCCCAUUCUCCCUCCUUCCAUCACCCCGCCCCAUUCUCCCUCCUUCCAUCACCCCGCCCCAUUCUCCCGCUUUCCAUCACCUUGUUCCAUUCUCCCGCUUUCCAUCAACUCGCCCCAUUCUCCCGCUUUCCAUUACCCCGCCCCAUUCUCCCGCUUUCCAUCACCCUGCCCCAUUCUCCCGCUUCCCAUCACCCCGCCCCAUUCUCCUGCUUUCCAUCACCCCGCCCCAUUCUCCCGCUUUCCAUCACCCCGCCCCAUUCUCCCGCUUUCCAUCACCCCGCCCCAUUCUCCCGCUUUCCAUCACCCUGCCCCAUUCUCCCGAUUUCCAUCACCCCGCCCCAUUCUCCCUCCUACCAUCACCCCGCCCCAUUCUCCCGCUUUCCAUCAUCCUACCCCAUUCUCCUGCUUUCCAUCACCCUGCCCCAUUCUCCCGCUUUCAAUCACCCCACCCCAUUCUCCCGCUUUCCAUCACCCCGCUCCCUUCUCCCGCUUUCCAUCAACUCGCCCCAUUCUCCCGCUUUCCAUCACCCCGCCCGAUUCUCCCGUUCUCCAUCACCCCGCCCCAUUCUCCCGCUUUCCAUCACCCCGCCCCAUUCUCCCUCCUUCCAUCACCUCGCCUCAUUCUCCCUCCUUCCAUCACCCCGCCCCGUUCUCCCGCUUUCCGUCAUCCUUCCCAAUUCUCCCGCUUUCCAUCACCCCGCCCCAUUCUACCGCUUUCAAUCACCCCGCCCUAUCCUCCCGCUUUCCAUCACCCCGCCCCAUUCUCCCGCUUUCCAUCACCUCGCCCCAUUCUCGUGCUUUCCAUCACCCCGCCCCAUUCUCCCGCUUUCUAUCGUCCCGCCCAAUUCUUUCGCUUUCCAUCACCCCGCCCCAUUCUCCUGCUUUCCAUCACCCCUCCCCAUUCUCCCGCUUUCCACCACCCCGCCCCAUUCUCCCGCUUUCCAUCACCCCUCCCCAUUCUCCUGCUUUCCAUCACCCUGCCCCAUUCUCCCGCUUUCCAUCACCUCGCCCCAUUCUCGUGCUUUCCAUCACCCCGCCCCAUUCUCCCGCUUUCUAUCGUCCCGCCCAAUUCUUUCGCUUUCCAUCACCCCGCCCCAUUCUCCUGCUUUCCAUCACCCCUCCCCAUUCUCCCGCUUUCCACCACCCCGCCCCAUUCUCCCGCUUUCCAUUACCCCUCCCCAUUCUCCCGCUUUCCAUCACCCCGCCCCAUUCUCUCGCUUUCCAUCACCCCGCCCCAUUCUCCCGCUUUCCAUCACCCUGCCCCAUUCUCCCACUUUCCAUCACCCCGCACCAUUCUCCCGCUUUCCAUCACCCCUCCCCUUUCUCCCGCUUUCCAUCACCCCGCCCCAUUCUCUCGCUUUCCAUCACCCCGCCCCAUUCUCCCGCUUUCCAUCACCCCGCCCCAUUCUCCCUCCUUCCUUCACCCCGCUCCAUUCUCCCACUUUCCAUCACCCCGCACCAUUCUCCCGCUUUCCAUCACCCCGCCCCAUUCUCCCUCCUUCCAUCACCCCGCCCCAUUCUCCCGCUUUCCAUCAUCCUGCACCAUUCUCCCGCUUUCAAUCACCCCGUUCCAUUCUCUCGCUUUCCAUCACCCCGCUCCAUUCUCCCGCUUUCCAUCAACUCGCCCCAUUCUCCCUCGUUCCAUCACCCCGCCCCAUUCUCCUGCUUUCCAUCACCCCGCCCCAUUCUCCCGCUUUCCAUCAUCCUACCCCAUUCUCCUGCUUUCCAUCACCCUGCCCCAUUCUCCCGCUUUCAAUCACCCCGCCCUAUUCUCCCGCUUUCCAUCACCCCGCUCCAUUCUCCCGCUUUCCAUCAACUCGCCCCAUUCUCCUGCUUUCCAUCACCCCACCCAAUUCUCUCGCUUUCCAUCACCCCGCCCCAUUCUCCCGCUUUCCAUCACCCCACCCCAUUCUCCCGCUUUCCACCACCCCGCCCCAUUCUCUCGCUUUCCAUCACCCCGCCCCUUUCUCUCGCUUUCCAUCACCCCGCCCCAUUCUCCCUCCUUCCAUCACCCCGCCCCAUUCUCCCUCCUUCCAUCACCCCGCCCCAUUCUCCCGCUUUCCAUCACCUUGCUCCAUUCUCCCGCUUUCCAUCAACUCGCCCCAUUCUCCCGCUUUCCAUUAACCCGCCAAAUUCUCCCGCUUUCCAUCAGCCCGCCCCAUUCUCCCGCUUUCCAUCACCCCGCCCCAUUCUCCCGCUUUCCAUCACCCCGCCCCAUUCUCCCGCUUUCCAUCACCCCGCCCCAUUUUCCCGCUUUCCAUCACCCCGCCCCAUUCUCCAGCUUUCCAUCACCCCGCCCCAUUCUCCCGCUUUCCAUCACCCCACCCCAUUCUCCCGCUUUCAAUCACCCCGCCCCAUUCUCCCGCUUUCCAUCACCCCGCUCCAUUCUCCCGCUUUCCAUCAACUCGCCCCAUUCUCCCGCUUUCCAUCACCUUGCCCCAUUCUCCCGUUUUCCAUCACCCCGCCCCAUUCUCCCGCUUUCCAUCACCCCGCCCCAUUCUCCCGCUUUCCAUCACCUCGCCCCAUUCUCCCUCCUUCCAUCACCCCGCCCCAUUCUCCCUCCUUCCAUCACCCCGCCCCGUUCUCCCGCUUUCCGGCAUCCUUCCCCAUUCUCCCGCAUUCCAUCACCCCGCCCCAUUCUACCGCUUUCAAUCACCCCGCCCUAUCCUCCCGCUUUCCAUCACCCCGCCCCAUUCUCCCGCUUUCCAUCACCUCGCCCCAUUCUCGUGCUUUCCAUCACCCCGCCCCAUUCUCAAGCUUUCUAUCACCCCGCCCAGUUCUUUCGCUUUCCAUCACCCUGCCCCAUUCUCCCGCUUUCCAUCAGCCCUCUCCAUUCUCCCGCUUUCCACCACCCCGCCCCAUUCUCCCGCUUUCCAUCACCCCGCCCCAUUCUCCCUCCUUCCUUCACCCUGCCCCAUUCUCCCGCUUUCCAUCACCCCGCCCCAUUCUCAUGCUUUCCUUCACCCCGCCCCAUUCUCCCUCCUUCCUUCACCCCGCCCCAUUCUCCUGCUUUCCAUCAUCCUGCCCUAUUCUCCCGCUUUCCAUCACCCCGCUCCAUUCUCCUGCUUUCAAUCAGCCCGCCUCAUUCUCCCGCUUUCCAUCACCUUGCUCCAUUCUCCCGUUUUCCAUCAACUCGCCCCAUUCUCCCGCUUUCCAUCACCCUGCCCCAUUCUCCCACUUUCCAUCAUCAUGCCCCAUUCUCCCGCUUUCCAUCACCCUGCCCCACUCUCCUGCUUUCAAUCACCUCGCCCCAUUCUCCCGCUUUCCAUCACCCCGCUCCAUUCUCCCGCUUUCCAUCAACUCGCCCCAUUCUCCCGCUUUCCAUCACUCCGCCCCAUUCUCCUGUUUUCCAUCACCCCGCCCCAUUCUCCCGCUUUCCAUCACCCUGCCCCAGUCUCCCGCUUUCCAUCACCUCGCCCCAUUCUCCCUCUUUCCAUCACCCCGCCCCAUUCUCCCGCUUUCCGUCAUCCUUCCCCAUUCUCCCGCAUUCCAUCACCCCGCCCCAUUCUACCGCUUUCAAUCACCCCGCCCUAUCCUCCAGCUUUCCAUCACACCGCCUCAUUCUCCCGCUUUCCAUCACCUCGCCCCAUUCUCGUGCUUUCCAUCACCCCGCGCAAUUCUCCUGCUUUCCAUCACCCCGCCCAAUUCUCUCGCUUUCCAUCAACCCGCCCCAUUCUCCCGCUUUCCAUCACCCAACCCCAUUCUCCCGCUUUCCACCACCCCGCCCCAUUCUCUCGCUUUCCAUCACCCCACCUCAUUCUCCCGCUUUCCAUCACCCCGCCCCAUUCUCCCUCCUUCCUUCACCCCACCCCAUUCACCCGCUUUCCAUCACCCCCCACCAUUCUCCCGCUUUCCAUCACCCCGCCCCAUUCUCCCUCCUUCCAUCACCCCGCCCCAUUCUCCUGCUUUCCAUCAUCCUGCACCAUUCUCCCGCUUUCCAUCACCCCGCCCCAUUCUCCCGCUUUCAAUCACCCCGCCCAAUUCUCCCGCUUUCCAUCACCCCGCCCCAAUCUCCCGCUUUCCAUCACCCCGCCCCAUUCUCCCGCUUUCCAUCACCACGCCCCAUUCUCCCGCUUUCCAUCACCCCGCCCCAUUCUCCCGCUUUCCAUCACCCCGCCCCAUUCUCCCGCUUUCCAUCACCCCGCCCCAUUCUCCCGCUUUCCAUCACCCCGCCCCAUUCUCCCCCUUUCCAUCACCCCGCCCCAUUCUCCCGCUUUCCAUCACCAGGCCCGAUUCUCCCGCUUUCCAUCACCCCACCCCAUUCUCCCGCUUUCAAUCACCCCGCCCCAUUCUCCCUUCUUCCAUCACCCCGCCCCAUUCUCCCGCUUUCCAUCACCCCGCCCCAUUCUCCCGCUUUCCAUCACCCCGCCCCAUUCUCCCGCUUUGCAUCACCUUGCCCCAUUCUCCCUCCUUCCAUCAUCCCGCCCCAUUCUCCCUCCUUCCAUCACCCCGCCCCAUUCUCCCGCUUUCCGUCAUCCUUCCCCAUUCUCCCGCUUUCCAUCACCCCGCCCUUUUCUCCCGCUUUCCAUCACCUCGCCCCAUUCUCGUGCUUUCCAUCACCCCGCCCCAUUCUCCCGCUUUCCAUCACCCCGCCCAAUUCUCUCGCUUUCCAUCACCCCGCCCCAUUCUUCCGCUUCCCAUCACCCCACCUCAUUCUCCCGCUUUCCACCACCCUGCACCAUUCUCUCACUUUCCAUCACCCCGCCCCAUUCUCCCGCUUUCCAUCAGCUUGCCCCAUUCUCCCUCCUUCCUUCACCCCGCCCCAUUUUCCGCUUUCCAUCACCCCGCCCCAUUUUCCGCUUUCCAUCAUCCCGCCCUAUUCUCCCUCCUUCCAUCACCCGCCCCCAUUCUCCCGCUUUCCAUCAUCCUUCCCCAUUCUCCCGCUUUCCAUCACCCCGCCCCAUUCUCCCGCUUUCAAUCACCCCGCCCAAUUCUCCCGCUUUCCAUCACCCGUCUCCAUUCUCCCGCUUUCCAUCAACUCGCCCCAUUCUCCCGCUUUCCAUCACCCCGCCCCAUUCUCCCGCUUUCUAUCACCCCGCCCCAUUCUUCUGCUUUCCAUCACCCCGCCCCAUUCUCCCGCUUUCCAUCACCCCGCCCCAUUCUCCCCCUUUCCAUCACCCCGCCCCAUUCUCCCGCUUUCCAUCUCCCCGCCCCAUUCUCCCUUCUUCCAUCACCCCGCCCCAUUCUCCCGCUUUCCAUCACCCCGCCCCAUUCUCCCGCUUUCCAUCACCCUGCCCCUUUCUCCCGCUUUCCAUCACCCCGCCCCAUUCUCCCUCUUUCCAUCACCCCGCCCCAUUCUCCCUCUUUCCAUUACCCCGUCCCAUUCUCCCUCUUUCGAUCACCCUGCCCCAUUCUUCCGCUUUGCAUCACCCCGCCCCCUUCUCCCUCUUUCCAUCACCCCGCCCCAUUCUCCCACUUUCCAACACCCCACCCCAUUCUCCCGCUUUCCAUCACCCCGCCCCAUUCUCCCGCUUUCCAUCACCCCGCCCCAUUUUCCCGCUUUCCAGCACCCCGCCCCAUUCUCCCUCUUUCCAUCACCCCGCCCCAUUCUCCUCUUUUCCAUCACCCCACCCCAUUCUCCCUCUUUCCAUCACCCCGCCCAAUUCUCCCUCUUUCCAUCACCCCGCCCCAUUCUCCCUCUUUCCAUCACCCCGCCCCAUUCUCCCUCUUCCAUAACCCCGCCCCAUUCUCCCGCUUUCCAUCACCCCUCCCCAUUCUCCCGAUUUCCAUCACCCCUCCCCAUUCUCUUGCUUUCCAUGACUCCGCCUCAUUCUCCCGCUUUCCAGCACCCCGCCCUAUUCUCCCGCUUUCCAUCACCCCGCCCCAUUCUCCCGCUUUCCAUCACCCCACCCGAUUCUCCCGCUUUCCAUCACCCCGUCCCCAUUCUCCUGCUUUCCAUCAUCCCACCCCAUUCUCCCGCUUUCCAGCACCCCGCCCCAUUCUCCCGCUUUCCAUCACUCCGCCCGAUUCUCCCGCUUUCCAUCACCUCGCCCCAUUCUCCCGUUUUCCAUCACCCCGCCCCAUUCUCCCGCCCCCUUCUCCCUCUUUCCAUCACCCUGCCCCAUUAUCCCGCUUUCCAUCACCCCGCCCCAUUCUCCCGCUUUCCAGCACACCGCCCCAUUCUCCCGCUUUCCAUCACCCCGCCCGAUUCUCCCGCUUUCCAUCACCCCGCCCCAUUCUCCCUGCGAACCAAGCCAAAAGUGCUCUGCUAG